AUGUCAGCCGCUUACAAUGUUCUUAUUGUGCCCACCACCAGAAUCGCCGCCUUUUCUGGUGAUCUGUCCUCGCUGACUGCACCACCAUUCAUCCUGUCACCGAUUUCUCUCACUGAGUUCCCCGCGUACUGGUGUGAGCGACCAGAGCUAUUCUCUGCCAUAACGGAGGCAAAAAGUGAUGAGGACAGGUCGAUUCGGGUGCUACGUUGGUUUAUCAGCACCUUGAAGGGACAGUAUACAUCGCGUAACGAGAAGCUUGGCUCAGAGAAGAAGCCGUUGAAUCCCGUUCUUGGAGAACUCUUCUACGGAUACUGGCCCGAUCUUCAAGGAAGAGGCCAAACAGAUCUUGUAGUUGAACAAGUAUCUCAUCAUCCGCCCAUCACCGCAUAUUACAUAUCGAACAAGGCCAAGGGGAUCGCGUUACAAGGACACAAUGCACAGAAGACUAGCUUCAGCGGUGGGAGCAUCAUCGUAAAGCAGAUUGGACAUGCGGUCUUGACUGUGGACUUGCCCGAGGGCGGGAAAGAAGAGUUCUUGAUCACACUCCCACGGCUACGCAUCGAUGGGCUAUGGUACGGCUCGCCGUACGUCGAGUUGAGUGAAACCAGUUAUAUCCAGAGUUCAACCGGAUGGCUGUCUACUAUUGAAUACAAAGGCAAGGGCUACUUUUCAGGCAAGUCGCACACGUUCAAGGCAUCCGUAUCCCCUCCCAGGACAACAAAUCCUGUGCAUACAUUCGAGGGUUUAUGGCACCUUACAUCGAAAGACAUCCGAACGGGACAAAUUUUCACGGACGUUACGAGCCCGAAAGAAGAGGUAACUGUGAAGAACGUCGAUGACAUGGAUGACUGGGAAAGCAGGAAGCUCUGGAAGUGGGUCGCGAGAGGUAUCCGCGAAGGCGACUUCGAAACGGCCGCCAGGGAGAAGAGCAAGAUUGAGAACGAACAACGACAAAGGCGGAGAGACGAGCAAGCUGCCGGAACGCGCUGGGAGUUGAAACAUUUUGACCACAUAGACUCUGAUCCAAGUUAUGAGCGUCUGGGCAGAUUGUUCAAGGCCAACCCGCCCACAGAGGACGCGUACAUAUACCGGCACAACCACAACCCUGGGCCAUCGCAGGCAUAG